AUGCUGCUCAAGCCAGCGACGCCGCUCACCGUUUUGCUGCUGGUCGCUUUUGUUCUCCUGUUGCUGUCGUGCCUUUCCACCCCGAUCAUCAAGGGGAUACCAUUGGCGACAUUCGAAAAUGUCGAUUAUGGUGUCUUUGGUUACUGCCACGGCGACAAGUGUACCAAUAUUUAUGUAGGAUACACGAGCAAUGAUAUCAAUAGUACCGGCGACGAUUUCAACCUCCCCUCGAGCACUCGCAAAUCGCUAUCCUCGAUUCUCAUUGUCCACCCAGUUGCCGCCUUCCUGACCCUCAUCUGUCUCUGCUUGGCGGCCGCGGCGCAUUUCCAUGCGCCGUCGCAUUCGCCUCGCUUUCUUCUGGCGCUUCUCAUCCUCCUUCUACCAACCUUGCUUGUCACCCUCCUUGCGUUCCUGGUCGAUAUCUUACUUUUCGUGCCACAUCUCCAAUGGGGCGGAUGGAUCGUGCUGGCCUCGACCAUCAUUCUCGUGUCUUGCGGGGUGGUGACCUGUGCCAUGCGCCGGACUCUUGUGAGCCGCAAGGCGAGGAAGCGACGGAUUGCGGAGAAUGCGGAGAUGAGUGGAGAGAACUUUUACAAUCGCCAGAAUACCGCUGCCCUUGCCCUCACACAAUCUCCGCCGGACCAGACCGAAUUCAAAGAACCCAUUGUGGCUGGAUCGCCUCCCUCCGAAUCAAACCCGACCUUCGCUUCCUUCAGCACUGCUAGACGAGACAGCGAUGAUGAUCGCACCCCACUCAACACUUCACUCACCUCUCGGACAGCCUUACAUGAUGUUCCAAUACCUCCUGCGGACCGCCGUGGGACACCGUACCGCCCAGAUGAGGCUGGAAACUUGCCGCCAUCCGGCCCGUACGGUGCCGGGCCCAUGACACGGAACCCUUCUGACCCACGACUUCGUCCACAGUACUCGGAUGGCAGUAUGGGUUCUUAUCGAGGCGGCGCGCCUGGGUAUGGGCCUCGCGGCCGGGGCGGUUACCCUCCCCGAGGUGCUUAUGGCCGUGGGGGAGGGCCAUACAUGGGCCCUGGACCUUACGGCCCUCCUCCCCACGGUGCGCGAAGCGGCUACAUGGGACCUAUGGGACCCCCCCGCGGUGGUCGUGGAGGAAUGAUGCCACCCCGGGGACCCCCGCGCGGACCUCCACCAGUUGGCUAUGCUCCGAGUCCGAAUCGGAGCUUUGAUUCCUACGGGCGACCUGUCGGUCAUCCGGAGGAAUCCUACGAGCCCCCUAUCGGCGUGGCCGUUUCAUCGCCCGAAUCGGAACCCAUUGGACAGGCAAUUGAAAUGACGCCGCAGUCCCGGCGCUACGAAGCUCACUUGUCGGCCCAGUCAGAGCAGAGCGAACCGCAUGCACUGUCGGUGGAUGGGCAAUACAUGCCCCAAGAGAGCCCGACGAGCCUCUAUAGUCGCGGCACCGAGUCCUAUGUUCCUGCCCGCGCUGGCUGGGGCAAUGAUGCUCCCCGCCCUUCUGCGUCCCCCGUGCACGCCACCUCAGGUAGUAACUACUACGAAGAUGUGGACCCGCGUUUCGCUCGACGACCAUCACCCCAGGGAGGCAGCACAGUCCCGAACGCGCUGACUCCUGGCGGCCGUUGA